AUGUCCGCGGAUCCGCGGACCCGCGCGAAUGGACAAACUAGUUCGAUUCGCUUCGGCUUUAGCCACAGGCAGCUGCGACUGCCCUUAUAUAUGUAUGAGCCAGGCACCGCCUCUGGGCAUCACCCUUAUACGGCUCCUAUUCAGUGUAAUCAUCGAUUCCAUCCAAAUAAUCUAAUGGCGCCAAAAUUCGACGUGACUGUAAUUGGAGCUGGCAUGGCCGGACUUGUCGCUGCCCGAGAGCUCACCCAGAAGGGCUAUUCGGUCAUGCUACUGGAAGCGCGCGAUCGAGUGGGUGGACGAACCUACCGACAGAGGGGCUUCGGGGGAGAAUUGGAACUCGGAGGGGCCUACAUUCAUUGGACGCAGCCGAACAUCUGGUACGAGGUGCAGCGCCACGGAUUAACAGUACAGGCCCCCAUGGAGGACGGGAAAGCCUACUGGUUGGCCGAUGGUAAGGUACACAGCGGCUCCAGCAAAGACUUCUAUGGCGCCGUGGGCCCCCUGCUGGCCCGACUGUUUGGCGAUGCCCGCGCUCGCUUCCCUCUCCCAAUGGAUCCCACGGCUCUCCACCAAUCAGACAUCGAGAAGGAGUCGAUCGAGGAUCGUAUUAACUCGCUGAAUCUCUCUCUCUACGAGCGCGACCUGCUGGAGGGGGCUCUGUCGGGCGUCGUCCAUUCCUAUAAAGAGCAAGGGAUUGCUCAGCUGCUACACGCGGUGGCAACCUCGUUCGGCGACUUUCAAGCUUUUUUUGAGACGGCCGGCAACUGGGCCAUCCACGGAGGCACAAAGAAAUUGGCCCACGCGAUCCUUGCCGAGUCCACCGCCGAGCUUCGUCUUUCCACCCCCGUGAGCGCCUUAGAGGAUGAUGGAUUUGGGGUCACCAUCACCACGCGCGCAGGAGAGAAGAUCCAAGCCCGCGCCGCUAUCCUGGCGAUUCCCCUCAACACGCUGAGCGACGUGAAGAUCAUCCCAGAGCUUACCCCCGCAGCACGCACCAUCAUUGACCGGAAGAACCCAGUGCUGGCGCACAAGAUCUGGAUCAGGGUCAAGGGGGAAAUCGAACCAUUUUCGAUCAUAUCUCCCGCCGGCAAGUCGCCGAUUAACGCGGCCCGGACUGAGAAACGGCAUGAUGGCGACACCCUGGUCCUGUGCAUGUGCUCCGACGCGGCCUCCAUAAAUCCGAACGACUGUGCCGCCGUCCAGGCGGCAUUGCGCAAAUUUCUUCCCGACAUCGAGGUGGUUGAUACCGCCUGCCAUGACUGGGUGGCGGAUGAGUUCUCCAAGGGAGGCUGGAUGAUGCACCGACCAGGAACCUUCACGGGGAGUGCUUCAGAGAUCCGUAAGGCCCACGGCAACAUUCGAUUUGCCGGCAGCGACCUGUCGGCCACCGCGCCCGGGUCAAUCGAGGGUGCCUUGGCCAGUGGUGCCAUCGCCGCUCGGGAUUUAUCGAAAUCAUUGACCAAAGGACCUCGAUAG